AUGAGCACGACUGUUACUCGACCCAUCUACGAAUCGCACCCUUCGGUCGACGCGUCUAUGGAAGAUUUUGAGUUCCGCGCAAACUCUCCUGAAUUUUUGCGACCUGAUUCGCAUGCGCGCAUCCAGUUCAUGAGCCCCACUGCUUCAGACUACUCCGAGGCAGCAACCCAACCCGAUAUUGACGGAGGUUGGUCACCACCUGCCUGGCGCAAGGCAGGAAGUGGUUGGUUCAAGCAUCACCUUCAGCAGACUGGCCUCAUGUCGCCGUACGGAAGCAGAGAGUGCAGUCCGGAGGAAUACAGAAAGGGUCUAACGCCGUACGAUGAUGAUGAAGAUAUCUUGGUAGCAGCGGGCAUUCCUCUUCCCAUCAGUCCCCUCAAGGGAAGGAGUCCAGAUCCUAGUUACAGUCCUACCAAGGAAGGGGAACAAUCAUGGCCGGACAAGCCUGAUAACUAUAUCCGUUUUUCCGUUCGAGCAGAUGUGCAACAGCGCACAGAACCCAUCGAAGCAGUCAUAGCCCAUUUCCGCAAACUUUGGGGUCGCUUUACCAAGAAUCGAUACACUACGUUCCUCUCAUUGAUGUCAGCUUUGUUCGUACUGACUCUCACUCGCGCCUUGUUUGCAGAACCCGUGACUGGACCUACCCCUGACCUUGUCAAGGUGGCUGGUUUAGCCAAGUCCUUUGAGCCUCUGAUGUACUAUAGUGAAAACGGCCACAGCCAAGUCGUCCAGCUAGGCGAGACCGGCGUUGCAGUAUGGGACUUGGGUGAGAGCGUUCGCUCAACCAACAUGACCUCAGGUCCCAUCAUUGUGCGCGAACUCGACGAGCUGUCAGACAGUCUGAAGACCCUUGCUCUUGAGUUGACUCGCUUCUUUGCAGGAGUCGAUGGCGACAUUGACAGCAUCCUUAUUGUCAUGGAGUGGGCGCAAAGAGAGCUUGCCAAGCUCAACACCUUGCCAGCUUCACACAUGUCGCUGGCCUUCUCAAAUCUCCACUCACUACUGUCGCGGGUUGGUCUGCUUGAAGACCAUCGUACAGGAGAACAAACUGCUGUUGGAAAGAUUGUCGCUGAACUCUUCGGCCAUACCGCACCACAAGUCACACGCGCCACUCUCCAACGCACCUUUACCGAUUUCCUCGGCGUCCUCGAAGAGAGCAUCAACAAUGAGUUGACUGCAAGUAUAAGCCUAUUCGCCCACUUUGAGGCUAUCGACCGACAAUUCCUCAACUUGCAGCGCGUUGUCAUUCGCGAGACUGAUGCACAAGAGCGAGAAGAGAACGAGGCUUUGGCUUCGCUGUGGGCUCGUGUCAUUGGCGUCAACGCAUCACGGCUGAAGAAGUUCGAGAAGAACAAGCAGCUUCUCUCAUCUCUUCGUGAGCGUACUUUUCAGAACAAGCAUGUUCUCGUCGACCACAACGGUCGCUUGCUUCAACUCAGAAGCAACCUCGAGAUCCUGCGCAAGAAGCUUGUCUCACCUCUUGUGAGGGCUAAUGGCACAAGCACUCUUACUGUCGAUGAGCAGAUCAAGGGGUUGGAGGGCACUUACCUCAGCCUGCGAGCCACGAGAGAAGCGCAAAAGAGUCGACUCUACGAGAUCAUCCACGAAGCAGGUACCAGAAAGGUGGGAAUGAUCAGAGGCCCUGAUGAGGGAUACGCUAUCGAAGGUCGUUAG